AUUUCCUAGUUUUUGGAAACCCAAAAUUUUACCAAAACCACCCCUCAAAAAUUGGUAUAUAAAAUCCAACUCCUUCCACACCCAAAGAUCAUACCAUCCCAAAGCCCUCUCAACGCCAUGGCGGAAGAAGAGCAAGGUCAUCACCAUCUUCACCUUUUCCACCAUCAUAAGGAAGAAGAAGAGAGCUCUGACGUCGUCAACUACAAGAAAGAGGAGAAGCACCACAAGCACCUCGAACACCUUGGUGAGCUCGGUGCCGCCGCAGCUGGUGUCUAUGCUCUGCGUGAGAAGCACGAGGCAAAGAAAGACAGCGAACACAGCCGUGGGCAUAAGAUAAAGGAGGAAGUUGCGGCGGUGGUGGCGGCUGGGGCCGGGGAAUUUGUGCUCUAUGAGCAUCAUAAAGAAAAGGAAGCAAAGAGAGAAGAGAAAGAGGCUAAUGGAAAGGAACAUCACCACCAUCUUUUUUGAAAAACUUUGCCUUUCAUAUUUAUAUAUAUAUAUAUAUAUGAUGGGGUUUAAUUGUUUGUUUCUUUUGGCUUUGUUUGGGUUUUAAGAGCUUAAUCUAUUAAAUGGUUUGUAAAAUAAAUUUGAGAUGCUAAAGUAAAUAAAAAUAUUAAUGAUCUUUCAUUGUA